UAGAGUUCUGCGUUUUGGUAACAUUUGAUAUUCAGUGUUAUACACUACGCAUAGGAAUAUAUUGACUCUUGCUUUUUCCUACAGAUAUCGAGUGUGUGCUGUACUGUUCUCCCAAGGCACCAUAAUCAUAGCCACCUGCCAUUCUAGCUCCUCCAAGGCUAUCCAAAAUUGAGGUGUGUGUCAUACUGUUGUCCCAAACAGCCUUUAGUAGCAUUUAGAUUUUCACUUAAUUUUGAGCAUACAAAUACCAAGUUUCAAUUUAAAUAUAUAUAUAUUUUUGUUUUGAUUUAGUUUUUUUAAAUAUUAGUUUUGAUUUUUGUAGAGGUGGCAGAUGUGGAAGUGUAAGGAGUGUGACAUAUUUGUGACUGGUAGGCAUGAGCUUCUAAAGCAUUUCAGACUCCAGCACAGAAAUUAUGGACGUAGCCAGCGUUACCCAUGUGCUUACCUAAGCUGCCCAUGCACUUUUAAGACUUGGAAUGCCUUGCAUAUUCAUUUAAGUAGAGUUCAUGCUAACCAGAGCUCUCAGGAACAGCUGGAAUCAUCAACCUUCAGUUGUCAUUUGUGCACAUGUAGCAACCUCCCUACAGAGAAGGAGUAUUUUGCUCACAUAAGCACUCACCUUAAAAGUAAUGAAACUGUAAGUUGUAUGUUUGUGGGUUGCAGUUAUAAAACAAACAUAUAUGGAACUUUUAAUACUCACAAGAACAGAAAACACACCCCUCACACAUUUAAAGAUUUCAAGCCAAGUGUAGUCAGAACCACUGAGUCUCAAGAACCUUAUGGUAAUCCUGGGGAAGGCACAAGUUGUCAAGAUGACACUGCAGUUGAAGCAAACACUUCAUGUUCAAGUGGUGAUGGUGAUGUGACUAAAAGCUUGCCCAGAGUAAUAGAGGAACAUUUUGCUGCAUGUUUGCUCAAGUUGGAGCAUAUUGCACAUGUUUCGGGCAAAACCAUUGAUGGGUUCUUAGAAGAACUGCACCAUCUGUUAAGCUCAGCAACAUUACCCCUAUCGGUUAACAUCCUUGAAGAGGUAUUGCAGAAACAUAGUCUGACAACUGACAAGUCUGUAAUAACAGAAAUUGCCACGGCUCUCUUCACAUCCAACCCCAUGCUUAAAUCAAUAGAGAAGGGUGGUUCCCUAAGCACAACUUAUCUUCGCAAGCAGUAUUAUAAAGAAAGCUUUAACAUUGUAGAGCCUGUAGAGUACAUCCUUAAUGCUAAAGAAAGGAGAAGUUUCCAGUAUGUGCCCGUGUUAAAGUUUUUGCAGAAUCUCUUUGAUAGGAGAGAUGUUGUGGACAAGGUUGUUGACAACCACAGAGCACAGCAGACUAAUAGGGUGAUGAUGGAGCAGAAAACUUACAGAUCUUUCCAGGAUGGUGAAUACUUCCUGCAGAACAGUUUUCUGUCAGACACAGACUUGAGAAUUUUGUUAACUUUGUAUAUAGAUGACUUUGAGGUUUGCAAUCCUCUGGGUACUUCUCGCACAAAGCAUAAACUCUGUGCCGUCUACUGGAUUUUGAGUAACUUGCCCCCAGGAUCACAUUCAUCGCUGUCGGAAGAAAAGCGGAAGUCAACUACUGCCUCAACUAUCCCUCAGGUGAAACAGUGGAAACACUAGAGAACAUGAGAUUGGCCCUGCUCUCUUUCAAGUGAAUGAGGUGAAUGCAGAGUUCAGGCGUAUAACAACAGUCCAUUUGCAGUCAAAGUUCUUCACAAGGCUGGAUUUGCUCUCAGAUGACCUCAUGAGGGUGUUCGCUAAGAAAGGUGUAGUUCUGGGAAGAAAGAUCAGGAGCAUCAUGGCACCUAUGACCCAGGUAUGACAAUAGGAAAGUGAU